CAAUAAUUAUACGGCAUGCUCAUCGAUGAUGUUAUUACAUCAUAUCGUAUCGUGUUUGUCGAUAACAAAAUAAUUCAGCCCUGAACUUGUCGCUUAAGAUAACCCGAAUCCCACCUUGAAUUGGACGAUUUUCAAAUGAAUUCAUGGAUUUAACGAAAAGCAAUUAUAUUGUGACUGUAAUCGAAAUGAACAAAAAAAUAUCAUCCCAAACUCAUAUCAACAAAGAACUCGUUGCCAAGUUCCGCCUGCUGAUCAAAGAAUUCAACAUCAACCUGUCGAUGAGUGAUGAACUGCUUAUGUGCUUCAUUAACGCCCGAAAGAAUGACCUGAGCCGAGCUGUAAAACUGCUGAACAAUUACUUGAGAAUGACGAAGAAUUAUCCGCAAUUCUACACCGAUAUGCGGCCGGCGCGAGUUAAAAAUGUUCUCGAUAUGGGCAUUUUUCUUUCUUCUCCGUACCGCGAGAAAAAUGGGAGUCGGAUUUUAAUAUUAAACCUACGCAAAUGGGAUCUUCGUUCUUGCAGUUUGGAAGAUAUCAUGUCUGCUGUCGUAUUUUGUUUUCAAAGAAUGGUUUCUGAGACUGAAACUCAAACUAAUGGAAUAGUCGCCAUCAUCGAUGUUAAGGAUUUCGCACUUCAACAUUUAAGACAGUUUACCCCGCCACUGAUCAAAGUUAUUGCUGAAACCGUACAGAACGUGUUUCCUAUUCGUUUGAAAGGAAUUCAUGUCCUUCAUGAGCCACGGAUCGUAAAAAUCCUUUUGACUCUAUUCUGGCCUUUUCUAUCAAACAAAAUUCGGAAUCGGUUGUUCUUUCAUGGUGACAGCUACGCGACAAUGCAUCAACACAUAGACCCUGCCUGCCUGCCCAGCAGUUACAAUGGCUGUCUAAAAAACAUGGAAACAAUGCAUUUUUCUAAUGUCUUCUUUGAAGAGAAUUACUCCAAAAUAUUCGACUGUUUCAACUAGUAAUACGCAAGCUUCCUCGAAUCUAAAUCAAGUAUUGUUUAAUUCAUCAAUUUUUCGCCUUUCUAGCGUAGUUUUAAUUUUGCCACUAUUUUCGCACGUGUUUCAACUCAUGUAUAGACAACACCGUCUUUUCUCUCAUAUUUUGCAAUUCUCCUUUUUUGUCAACGGAUUUCUUCGCGGAUUUCCGGAUUUCAUUUGUUCAUUUCUACCUGCGCUGCCGUAUAGUCCGUGCGCAUUAUCUGUUACCAGAAACAUAUGGUUUUGGUUUCAAAUUUCCGCGCUAGCAAUCUUAUUGUAUCUCCUAAAUUUAUAGUGAUUACAUCAAUAGAAACCCAAGAUAAGACGUCUA